UAUUAUAGCCUUAACGUUUUAUUUCAUUUAUUUUUUUCAUUUUUAGAUCUACCGAGUAUAUUAAGCGGUUCACAGAUCGGUGUUAUAGACCCACACGAGGAGUACUUUACCGAAGGGAGAAACCGACGAACAGGUUACAGCUGGAGAAUGAAGAACGAUCGUCACAUUAUGGAAAACAUACCAGACCAAUUUGCCCCUUAUAAAGGAAUAUUUGAAUGUACAGAUGAUGUUUUCUCCAGAGGCUGUUACAACGGUACUCUAUUUCGCUUUCCAUUACGACACCAACCCUCUGAACUUUCUCCGACUCUCUACUCCGCUGAAAAGGUGCACACAUUAUUUGAGGGAUUUAUGGCUGACGCACACUUGAUCCUCCUUUUCUUGCAACAUCUGGAAUCUAUCGAGCUGUACGUCCGUGAGGAACACGACAAUCAACCAAGAAAGACGUUUCAAGUUCGAAUCACAGAUGAAAGCCUUCGUUUGGUACGAGAGAAGAGGAAGGAGUUUCACAACAGGAUCCCUACCGACAGGCUUUUGCCCCAUCCUGUCCAAGUAACCUAUCCAAUAAAGGUUGAGACUGUACACUUUUCUUAUGGCUCAGAAACCACACAAAGUCAUUCGUUUCUUGUAACCAACUACUUUUGUGGCGAGGAGAUAUCGUCUGACUUUCAAACCCUGGCUAAAGAGCAAAGCCUUAGCUACUUACCCUUAGUUGGUGUUGCCAUGGCAUUACCAGCAAGUCCCAGUGACCCUACUCCGGAGAUUCAAGGCCACGUGUUUUGUUUUUUACCUUUACCAGUUCAAAAGACAAGCCUGACAGGUUUGCCUGUUCAUGUGAAUGGCUUCUUUGCCUUGAGUCAGAACAGACGUUAUAUCAAAUCUCCAAACGCAGAACAGGAAGAUCAGGAGCUAACUGACAAGUCCCUCCUAUGGAACAGGUGUCUUUUGAAGGAAGCUCUACCCAAGGCAUAUGCAACGAUGCUACUAGAAGCAAUCAACGAGAAGAGUUACAAUAUACAAGAAGAGACCGUUUACAGGUAA